AUGAUGAAACAGCUGCUUUCCUUUGGAUUGAUUGCCCUCUUGACGUGCCCAAACGUACAAGCCCUCUUGCAAGGUAACGCCGGUACCACAAGCUCUUAUCGUCUCGCAGGCACGGCUCUACAAGUCAGCAGAACUAGUCCGGACUACAAGAAAAAGGAUGUCUCCUCCUCAGAAGGCGAGUCUGAAGCGGAAAAGUAUCUUCGACUAGCUCGUAAGCUACGCCAACAGGCUGCAGAAGAUGAGCAGCAGGUGCACGAACGGUUGUACCAAAAGAAACGAGAAGAAGAUGAACAACUGGAUGAAUGGAUUCAGAAUCUUUCUCUUUCGGAAGCCGUUGAUCAGAAAAAGAAUGCACAUAUUGUCAAUGCACUCAAAGAAAGAAAACCAUGCAUGGAGACUUUGGAACGCAUUGUAGAGCGACUCCACGAACACCACAUGAUUGCGAGCGGCCUGGAGUGCGUGGAAGCUCCGUCCAGUAAAGAUGCCAGCCAGGUAAAUCGAGUUAUCCACGAAAAGGAUGAUGUCAAAGUUCAGAAAAUUGACAAUGAGGCAGAAGCCUUGUUUCAAGCCAUUGAUGUUCUAGACUCAGAUCAAUCGGGUGCAUCAAAAUCAGAGUCUCGGCAUUGGGGCGGAGAUGGACGGGCCAUUCAAUUGAGGAACCAAUGGAAGGGUCUUCAACGCGAGCAUGAAGACCAAUUUCUUAAGCGCCAAGCAAGUUUCAUCGAAGCACAGCGUCUCAAGAAGGAAAACCCUCCGCCUCCAAAAGUGAAGGAUGAUCAUCGUUUUCUUCCUUAA